AGUCAGUACCUCAGGAGGCAGGACCAGGCACUGUAUAAAAGUCCUUACUUUGCUGGGCCCUGCAAUCCACAUCCUUUUUUGAGUCUUGUUGAAGACAGGUUCUGUUACCUAUCCUAGGAUGUCCUUUAAUGAGCAGCAGUGCAAGCAGCCAUGUGUGCCUCCUCCAUGUCUUCAAAAGACCCAAGAGCAGUGCCAGGCAAAGGCUGAGGAAGUGUGCCUCCCCCCAUGCCAGGACCCCUGCCAGGAGAGUUGCCCAGCACAAAUUCAGGAGGUAUGUCUUCCUCAGUGCCAGGAGUUAAACCAAGAGAGUUGCCUACAGCAAAGCCAAGACCAAUGCCCACCUCAGUGUGUGGAGCCAUGCCAGGAGUUUUCUCAGACAAAAUGUGUGGAAGUUUGCCCACAGAAAGUCCAGGAGAAGUGCUUACCCCCCGGCAAGGGAAAGUAGCAUCUCAUAAUGCCAUCUGGGGUCAA